GGGUGAAUGUGUGAAGAUUUUGGCAUUGUAUUUUCCACAUUCGUUGCACAACUUUGUAAUAUGUCAUUUUCAUUAGACUUCAUAAUUGACGCGGACACGGUAUUUUCUGGCAGUGAUCGACAACCUCAAGUCCAGAGGAUACUGGUUAGGAAGCAUUUCGUGGGAACUAAAUAAACAGUAGAAAACUGACUACUAACUAGUUUUGUUUGAAUAUUAACAAAAUUAUGGGAUUCUCCAGUACUCAGUUGGGUUCGUCAGCCUUGGAUGAUUCGAAUUUUGCCAACAAUAGACAUGAAGAAAACGGGAUGCCAAUCGAUGGGCAUCUGACUCUGAAGAACAUAAAGAAAAAUAUCGGCCCAGACAGGCCAAUUGCAGUUCAAGUACAAAACGCAUGCAAAACCUACGGCCGAGGACCACCUGUCCUUAACGAUCUCAACAUGACAGUACCCCGAGGAACAAUAUAUGGACUCCUCGGGAGCAGUGGAUGUGGAAAAACAACGAUACUUUCUUGCAUUGUAGGACUUCGGAAGCUUGAUGCAGGAGAUAUCUGGGUGUAUGGGGCUAGGCCAGGCACAAAGGACAGCGGCAUUCCAGGCAAAACUAUCGGAUACAUGCCUCAGGAUAUUGCUUUGUAUCAAAAGAUGAAAAUUGAUGAAAUAUUAUAUUAUUUCGGAGGAAUUUAUGGAAUGAGUACGUCUGAAAUAUCCGCUCGUAUCGAAUUUUUAAUGAGUUUUCUGGAUUUGCCGGAACCAGGCUCUAGGAGAAUUGACAGUUUAAGCGGGGGUCAACAGAGGAGGGUGUCAUUAUGUGUAAGCUUGAUACAUACUCCGGCGCUCCUUAUUUUAGAUGAGCCAACCGUAGGGGUGGAUCCGCUUAUCCGAGAGAGCAUUUGGGAAUAUUUGACUGACCUCGUCUCAAGAAGACGCACUACAGUCAUAAUUACCACACAUUAUAUUGAGGAAAGUUCGAAAAGUGAUACGGUGGGAUUGAUGAGGGGAGGACGCCUGUUAGUCGAGAAGCCUCCAUCAGACCUGUUGGAAGAACACAAGGCCAACCUGUUGGAGGAAAUUGUGUUAAAGUUGUGUAAGAAGGAGGGGCCGUCGGAUGAAGUAUCGGACGCUAUUCAGGAAAUGUCAUUUUACUCAAAAAAGAAACGUUUUUCGCACAAUAAAAAUACUAAAGCAAAUACAGUUGUUGGACUAAAAUUCAAAUCUAAAGCCCCAGAGGAUGACAUGUAUCAAAGGAAUCGAUCGCAGUCCGCCAGUCGGAGACGGCAAUCUGUAAUUGAAGCUGUAAACGACACUUUCGCACGUCAGUCUGAUAAAGUAUUUUCUUUGGUGAAAAGAAACUUUCUCACUUUAUUCCGGAAUCCGCUGUUUGUGGUUGGCCUUUUGAUACUUCCAACUUUCCAAACAGUGCUAUUUAACUACAUUGUUGGCCGUGAACCGAUUAAUGAGCGGAUGGGAGUGGUCAAUGGGGACUUUGAGAAUCGCAGUUUCGCAGGUUUUUGUGCACAACGGGAGCCUGGAUGCUUAAGUCCAGGUCUGAGUUGUGAUUAUCUGGGUAGAUUCGGAAACAAAAUUUUGUGGGAUGAGUUUGAAACUAAAGAUGCUGCGCUAGCCUAUGUGAAGGGCGGUGCUGUUAGAGGUUAUAUGGAAAUUCCGGAUAAUUUUACACUUCACAUGCAGAACAGGAUCUUGUAUAAAAAUAAUGCUGAUAAUGAAUCUUUGGAUGGCAGUACUAUAAAAUUGCGUAUGGAUAACGCUGACUACUUGAUGAAUGUAUUCUUGGUGAACAAUAUAUACAACAAUUACCUGAGUUUCGCAAAAGCAAUGGUGCGUGAUUGUGGUGGCGAUCCCAGAGUUGUGGAACUUCCCUUAAAGUACAAUGCAAUUUAUGGCGCCAUCAAUUCUGGGACUGCUGAAUACAUGCAGCCUGUGCAAAUUUUACUAAUCAUGUUCCUUCUCCCGAUGACCGUAGCUGUGACUUAUAUUUGGGACAAAAAGGCUGGCACCUUGGACAGAACCAUGGUUGCAGGAGUCGAUUUUUUCCAUGUCAUUGUUUCCCUUUUGAUUUCCGAGGGGCUCAUAAUGAUUCUAGAACUUUUCCUCUGUUUGAUGGUACUCAUCGUCGUGUUCAACUUUGAAAUUCAGGGCUCGAUUUUUCUCUUCUUCUUAUUAGCAUUACUUACGGGCAUUAGCGGUCUUUCUUUUGGUUUUUUAUUUGGAGUUAUGUGUGAUCAUGAGAUAGAAGUUUUGGUAUGGGCCCUAUUCGUCUACUUACCGGUGCUAGUUUCCAGUGGUGGUACAUGGCCAAGAAAUGGAAUGGACCCGACUGCAAAAUUUAUCACGGAUUUUUUUCCGAUCACAAUGCCAGCCGAGAGUAGCAGAUCUAUUGUAAGUCGAGGUCAGGAUUUAUUUCAUAAUAAUGUCUGGCCUGGAUUUCUGGUACUUUGUACUUGGAUAAGCCUCUGUGUGUGUUUAAGUGGAAUUAUACACCGCAUUCGGAAAUAAGUUAUCGACCGUCCAAGUAUCCCUCAUUACUGACCUGACAAUCACUAAUAAAAAUUUUUGUAUUCUUAUUAAAGCGACAGAGACUAAAUAAAUUAAAUGUUAAACCAUUUGGUCUAUGCCCAUUUCGGGCAUAGACCAACUUUGUCCAUGAAAUUAA